AUGGCUGAUGCAAUGGAUAUUGAAACACUUGUUAUUGACUGCGGAAGUGGAAUGACCAAGUCUGGGUUUGCUGGGGAUGAUGCUCCAAGGACUGUUUUCGAAAGUAUAGUUGGUGUUCCUCGUCAUACUAGCUCCAUGCUUGGUAUGGGACAAAAAGAUGCCUAUGUUGGUGAUGAAGCUCAGACUAAAAGAGGUAUGUUGACUCUGAAAUAUCCCAUUGAACAUGGCAUGGUAAAAAACUGGGAUCAUAUGAAGAAACUUUGGCAUCACAUAUUUUACAAUGAACUCCGUGUUGAUCCCGAGGAGCAUCCCAUUCUUCUGACUGAAGUGCCACUUAACCCCAAAGCAAACAGGGAGAAAAUGACCAAAAUCAUGUUUGAGAAAUUCAGUGUUCCAUCCAUGUAUGUCGCAAUCCAGGCUGUUCUCUCUCUGUUUGCUAAUGGUCGGCUAACUGGCAUUGUGCUUAAUUCUGGUGAUAGUGCGGCCAACACGGUCCCCAUCUAUGAGGGACAUGCAGUUCCUCAUGCUAUCUCGUGGUUAGGUCUUGGUGGUCGUGAUAUUACAAAUUACCUCACGAGGAUUCUCUCCGAGGGUGGUUAUGUAUUUCAUGGUACGAUAAGAGAAAAUAAUGUUACUAGGCGUAUGAAGGAGACAAUUACUUAUGUUGCACUGGAUUUUGAACAGGAGAUUGAAAAGGCAAAAAACAGAUCUUCAGUUGAGAAGGCCUUUGAGCUUCCUUCUGGACAAGUCCUUAAUGUUGGUGCUGAGAGGUUCCGUUGUCCUGAAGUCCUAUUUUUCCUAUUUCAGCCAUCAUUGGUCGGAAAGGGACCGACAGGAGUCUAUGAAAAAGUCUACAAUUCAAUCAUGAAAAGUGAUGUUGAUAUUAGAAAGGAUUUAUUUGCAAACAUUGUGCUUAGUGGUGGCUCAACUAUGUUUCCUGGCUUAGCAGAAUGUAUGAACAAGGAAAUCACUGCUCUUGCUCCAAGGGGAAUGAAGAUCGAGGUGAUUGCACCACCUGAGAGGAAGUACAACACCUGGAUAAGAUGA